AUGGAGCUCGAGGCUCAAAGUACACCAGAAGAGACCAGUUGGCUCCCUAACAAGGAGAUGGAGCUCGAGGCUCAAAGUACACCAGAAGAGACCAGUUGGCUCCCUAACAAGGAGAUGGAGCUCGAGGCUCAAAGUACACCAGGAGAGACCAGUUGGUCCCCUAACAAGGAGAUGGAGCUCGAGGCUCAAAGUACACCAGGAGAGACCAGUUGGCUCCCUAACAAGGAGAUGGAGCUCGAGGCUCAAAGUACACCAGAAGAGACCAGUUGGCUCCCUAACAAGGAGAUGGAGCUCGAGGAUCAAAGUACACCAGGAGAGACCAGUUGGCUCCCUAACAAGGAGAUGGAGCUCGAGGCUCAAAGUACACCAGAAGAGACCAGUUGGCUCCCUAACAAGGAGAUGGAGCUCGAGGCUCAAAGUACACCAGGAGAGACCAGUUGGCUCCCUAACAAGGAGAUGGAGCUCGAGGCUCAAAGUACAUCAGGAGAGACCAGUUGGCUCCCUAACAAGGAGAUGGAGCUCGAGGCUCAAAGUACACCAGAAGAGACCAGUUGGCUCCCUAACAAGGCAUUGGAGCUCGAGGCUCAAAGUACACCAGAAGAGACCAGUUGGCUCCCUAACAAGGAGAUGGAGCUCGAGGCUCAAAGUACAUCAGAAGAGACCAGUUGGCUCCCUAACAAGGAGAUGGAGCUCGAGGCUCAAAGUACACCAGAAGAGACCAGUUGGUCCCCUAACAAGGAGAUGGAGCUCGAGGCUCAAAGUACAUCAGGAGAGACCAGUUGGUCCCCUAACAAGGAGAUGGAGCUCGAGGCUCAAAGUACACCAGGAGAGACCAGUUGGCUCCCUAACAAGGAGUUGGAGCUCGAGGCUCAAAGUACACCAGGAGAGACCAGUUGGCUCCCUAACAAGGAGUUGGAGCUCGAGGAUCAAAGUACACCAGGAGAGACCAGUUGGCUCCCUAACAAGGAGAUGGAGCUCGAGGCUCAAAGUACACCAGGAGAGACCAGUUGGCUCCCUAACAAGGAGAUGGAGCUCGAGGCUCAAAGUACACCAGGAGAGACCAGUUGGCUCCCUAACAAGGAGAUGGAGCUCGAGGAUCAAAGUACACCAGGAGAGACCAGUUGGCUCCCUAACAAGGAGUUGGAGCUCGAGGAUCAAAGUACACCAGGAGAGACCAGUUGGCUCCCUAACAAGGAGAUGGAGCUCGAGGCUCAAAGUACACCAGAAGAGACCAGUUGGCUCCCUAACAAGGAGAUGGAGCUCGAGGCUCAAAGUACACCAGAAGAGACCAGUUGGCUCCCUAACAAGGAGUUGGAGCUCGAGGCUCAAAGUACACCAGAAGAGACCAGUUGGCUCCCUAACAAGGAGAUGGAGCUCGAGGCUCAAAGUACACCAGGAGAGACCAGUUGGCUCCCUAACAAGGAGAUGGAGCUCGAGGCUCAAAGUACACCAGGAGAGACCAGUUGGCUCCCUAACAAGGAGAUGGAGCUCGAGGCUCAAAGUACAUCAGAAGAGACCAGUUGGCUCCCUAACAAGGAGAUGGAGCUCGAGGCUCAAAGUACACCAGGAGAGACCAGUUGGCUCCCUAACAAGGAGAUGGAGCUCGAGGCUCAAAGUACACCAGGAGAGACCAGUUGGUCCCCUAACAAGGAGAUGGAGCUCGAGGCUCAAAGUACACCAGGAGAGACCAGUUGGCUCCCUAACAAGGAGAUGGAGCUCGAGGCUCAAAGUACACCAGGAGAGACCAGUUGGUCCCCUAACAAGGAGAUGGAGCUCGAGGCUCAAAGUACACCAGGAGAGACCAGUUGGCUCCCUAACAAGGAGAUGGAGCUCGAGGCUCAAAGUACAUCAGAAGAGACCAGUUGGCUCCCUAACAAGGAGAUGGAGCUCGAGGCUCAAAGUACAUCAGGAGAGGAGUCUUGA